AUGUUGAACGAAAGUCUUAUGUUCGGAAAAGGCAAGUGCAACAUUGUCAGAGCUGUAAACAUUCUUUUCGAGAAAGGUUUGUUGGAACCAAUUCCAGAUGACAAGCUGACAGAAACUUUUGUACCAAAAGACGAAACAAACUUUUCAUUGUUAGCAAGACCAAAAGUUGUUCCAGACAAAGUUAUAGCACAAAAGAAGUACACUGUUCCAAAAGGAGUUGGAUUGUUCGGAUACCAACCUGAACCAGAAGAACUUCCAAUGAGGUUGCAAGAACUUCAAGAUGCUAUAAACAAACUUCCAUUGAGACAUCCAAUUGACGUCAAAUUGUAUUGGAGAGCAUCGGAGUUAGGUCAGAAGGUUUUAUAUGAAACAGGUUGCUUCGACGAUGUUUAUGAGAUAGCAGGCGAAGUUUCUCAGAAGAUAAGAGACUCACUUGAAUUUCCACGAACUGGACCCAUUGGUUGCGACAAGUUCGACUCAAACGAAAAGAUAUACUAUGUCGACCUUAACGCUGCAUACAUGAGGUUCGUCCAAUAUAUCCCGACUGGAAUUCCAAACGAAGACGGUGAGUUCCCAGGAAGGAACUAUACAGUUGGAAAAGUCAUACAACAACUGUAUGAUAUUAGGAAAGCUUCAAACCCCAAACUUGCAAUGACACUCAAAUUGCUUAUGAAUUCGACAUGGGGAUAUUCCAUUAAGAAACCUCAAGAGAUGAAGAGUAAACAUUAUGAGAAGGUCGACAACUUUGUUGAAAGGUUUUCUCCUUUUGUUUUGAAAUACGAGUUCACCGAAGGUCAAGGUGGCUCAGUAACCACAGUAAAACCUAUUGUCGAACAUUGGUCUUAUCCUCAGUUCGCAAAGGCA